GUAAUCAGCAUACACUGCUGGGGUUAUUCUUCCUACACCGGUGGCAACUUGCCAAUACUGGCACAGGUCUUUGAAUCCCAAGAAGCUAAUUGAUGUUGGUUUCUCUCGGCUUGGUGCACGGAUGACAAUGAGUAGGACUAUCAAGCUUUACAAGCUACCAGAAUCAACAGUCACACCGGGGUUUCGAAAGAUGGAAAUCCACGAUGUUCCUGCAGUUACGAGGCUAAUUAGGAAUUAUUUGAGCCAUUUUAUUGUUGCACCUGAUUUUGAUGAAAAUGAUGUCGAGCAUUGGCUUCUUCCAAGGGAGAAUGUUGUGGAUAGUUAUCUGGUUGAAAGUCCUGAAUCUCAUGAAGUCACUGACUUUUGUAGUUUUUACACACUUCCCUCUUCUAUCCUUGGCAACGCAAAUUAUUCAAAUUUGAAAGCAGCAUAUUCAUUCUACAACGUAUCAACUGCAACCCCUUUGCUUCAGCUGAUGAAUGACGCUCUCAUUGUAGCAAAACAGAAGGAUUUUGAUGUUUUCAACGCUUUGGAUGUCAUGCAAAACGAAACCUUCUUGAAGAAGCUGAAGUUUGGACCUGGCGAUGGUAAACUUCAUUAUUAUCUUUACAACUACCGAGUAAGGCAAGCGUUGAAGUCAUCAGAGUUGGGGCUGAGAUAA